AUGGCUAUUGAUUCAUUCUCUCUCUCGGAAGUCCACGAGCAGCUGGCGAUUGCCAAUCUCGAUCGUCUUGCCCGGCACAAACCUCCGUCUCGCCCAGACAAUUCCCUCAUCGAUAACAAGGAGCUUUGCAACAUCACACUCCGAAUCCUAGAAGGAUGGAGUUCCGAUAACACUGCGAGCAUCAGCACUUCAAUUGCAUCGCAAGUUUUCGGUGGGCAAAGUAACAUCUCAUGGCCUAUCGCAUUUCUUCCUUUCAUGGAGAGCAUGGGCAUGUACCUUCGCGAUUACAGUCUGCUUGACGAGGCUUGGCAGGAAUAUCGCGCCUACAAAGUUAACGGAUCAAACGACGAAAUCACUCUUAAGCGUUGCGUCAAAACAUACCACGCCGCAUAUGAUCCGAUCAGGAAGCUAGCCCAAUUUUGGGGCUUGGAAUUCGUGCCUCUCUGCGAUUUGCUUCAUACCCCGCCGGACGGCCAACCUCAUUGGGAUGGACCAUAUUGCGGCGCUUUCUACACAACAAACGCUCAGAGAAACAGCCCGUUUGUCGGAAUUGCCUUCAAAGGCACCAAUCCCGCGAACCUACGAGACGUCAAGGUUGACUACAACUACCAACUCACUAGCGUUGGACAGUAUCUUGGCGGGGCCCCCACGAAAGUGUCCCUUGGUGUCUUCACUGCUCUUUUCUCCCGGUUCGAAGAGAUAGAAGACAUUGCGUAUGAUUACAUAGUCGCUGCACUCACCAAGUGCGUGUCGACCAUACCUGGGCGUUCUGAUACCAACAUCGUCAAGGCUCAUGUAACCGGACAUUCCUUGGGAGGCUCCUACUCUUCACUUUUCUACACCCAAUUUUUCCAGGAUGGCGGAAAGAUCCCGGUCAACAUUGGAGAUGAGUACACAUUCGGUGCUCCCCGGGUUGGGAACGAGGAGUGGGCAACUUACAACAACACCAAUUUCGGCCCGCCGUCUAAUUCACAGUCUUGGAGAGUGGUAAAUGACCAGGAUCUGGUUCCGCAGAUUCCAGCCACCAGUCUCAGACCUACAGAAUUAGAUUUCUAUCAUAUCGACAAGGGCAUGAAGAUAUUCAACAACAGUGUACCACAGCCCAUCCCCACCGAAAUUGGACUCCCCCCUCCGCCCCCUCUCCAAUUCAAGAGUCUGGCCGCUCUAAUCAAGGCUAUCAAAGAUUCGACCUUUCACUGUGAGUAA